ACAACCAACAUGAAGUCUUCUUUGGUUAUUGCAUCCGUUCUUUUAGCCGGCGUGGCUCUAGGAGUCAAUGCCUACAGAAUCAACAACAACAACAACAACAACUACGACAACCAGGAUGAAAAUCGCAACCAGUGGUCCCGUUUCCAACAAUCAGAUUUUAGUGCUGAAUCGUUUAAUCCGGACACGACCUAUUUUGAUCAAAAAUCGGUUGAUUCUAAAUUAAAUUACAACAAUGACCAAUUCAACAAGCGCAUCAACGACGACAACUCCGAAUCGACUUUUGCCAACCGUCAAUACCAGAACAGCCAAUACGACGAAACCCAGUUCGGUUUUAACGAAAACCAACAACAGCAAUAUCAACAACAACAACAACAACAACAACAACAACAACAACAUCAACAACACCAACAACAACAGUAUGGAAGCCAAAACCAAGCUACAAGUGGUCAGUUCAGUGGACUUGCCAAGAAAAUCGCCGACAAAGUCGCCGCUAUCCAGCAAAUCGCCGUCAACCACAACAUCGCCGAUAACGCCAAUUAUAUGAACGGAGCGUUUGAAGUCGCCAGAGACUCCGUCAGACUGUCCGCAAACAAUUUCGUGUCAUUCUACAACACAACCAUGAAGAACCUCGACAACGGUAAUUUGAAAUACAUGUACUUGAACCCCGAAAAAGAUACCGUGUUCGCACAAUACCAUUUCAACCAAAUCGAAACCGUCGGAUCAUUCAAAUCUGACGUCCGCGACGCUCGUUCGGGCUACUACACAAUUGUCAUGAACAACGUGUACAGUAACUUGACAACCGGAUUCUAUGAUGACAAACACUCCGUAGUCAGGUCAGCUAAAUUCCAAAAUGCCGAUGCUAAUCUCAAGACCCAAGACGGUUCCGAAACACAGGUGUUCAACCCAGCUCUACAAAGAUUUUUGGGAGUGUUAGCCAAAGCCGUGUCCAACGAAGUAAAGAUGUCCGCCAGAAAUGCUGCGUUCGCCCAAAUCAAAAACGAAAUCCGCAAACCAAUCGCUUUCCAGAACACAGAAAAUAACAAAUUGUUCGACUUGAUCUGGCAAGAAAACAACGUCGCCAUGGAAAUGCCCAACAUUGGAUUCCAGGACUCGAAGUUGGCCUCCGUCACUGAACAGUCAUUCAAAUCGAUGACCUUCCAAAGGAAAUCCCCAGACUCUUACACAAUGCGUUACGACUUCGCUCUCGACAAUCUAGAAUGGAUUUCCGCUCUGACCGUCAUGACAGCCGGCAAGAGGACAACCAUCCCUCCCACAAAAUUCAACGUUGAGAAAAUCAACAUCCAAGUUUUCUUUGACAAAUCGUCUUUCGAACAACAACAAUCGUGUGACAAGAUCUUCACUAAUGCCUAUGUACAUGGUCUAAACUUCAAUCUGGACAACAAUAUCCGACCCGAAGUCGUGUCCGCAAUCGAAAACAACCUCGAACGUUUCAUCCAACACUCAUUGGGAAGUUACAUCCAAACAUCUUUGAAACAAAUUGUUUGCAACAAUAAUUAUUACAAAUACUAAAUUUAUUUAUUUACAGAUUUUGUAUACAUGUUAUUAUAGAGUAGAAUAUUGAAUAGUAAACAUAUUA